AUGAUUGCACCGAGCCCCCGCCCGUAUGUUCUUGGCGCAUGUAUCGCUCUCACCUUCAUUCUUCUCCUUUCCCUCCGAACUCGCCAAGAAACAUCCUCAAGAUGGUUAGACUACUCUGAUAAAUCCUCCGUGUCGACGGGCCAUGAAAGAAACAGUAACUAUGUCUCGGCUACAUCAGACAAAAAACUCAAAUCGGCCGACACCACAUCAGAAUUAGGCCGGUCGAGUAACGGGAGCCUCGGUUUCGAGAGGGUGUUCGUCAUAGGGCUAAGAGAACGCUCAUAUGAGCGUGAUGCUAUAUCAUUAUCUGCAUCUCUGACGGGUUUUCGAGUGGAGUUUUUCGAUGGGAUGAGAGGCGAAGAUGUAUCUGUUGAGGCAAAGCCACCGGUAGAGAGAAAUCUCGCUUCAGCAUUUAUCAUGGAGGAUGACGUCGACUGGGACAUCCGGCUCCUAACUCAACUACCCGAAUUCGCUAAAGGUAUCCGCACACUAUCAAACAUACCACUGAAUAAACGUCAACACUCUCCCUAUGGCGAUGACUGGGAUGUUUUAUGGCCAGGACACUGCGGCGAUGAGCUCCCAUCAGCUUUUCACAAAGACGCCAAGGAUGAAAUCUACAUAAUCGCCAACGACGAAACCGUCGCUCCUAAAUCUGUGCAAGCAUUGCCUAAAACCCUAGCAAGGUAUCCUGAAAAAACUCGAAUCGUUCACAAAGCCGGUGCUCCCGUCUGUACUUCCGGCUAUGGAAUUUCCUACCGCGGAGCUCAGAAAAUCCUCAUGGCGCUCGCGGUAAAGGGUGGUCAUAAUCUCGCCAUCGAUAAUGCCAUUGCGCUUCUGUGUCGUGAUGGUUUUUUAGAUAUGAAAUGUUUUUCUGUGGAGCCGCAAUUAUUUCAGCAUCAUCGGCCUGCCGGGGCGAAAAACAAGGAUAGUGAUAUUGAUAGUUUGGGGGAAGGAGAUGCGAAAGGGGAGAGGGAGAGGAGAGCUACGGAUGUGAUUGUUUGGAGUGCGAGGUUGAAUUUUGAACAGAUGGUUAUGGGAAGGAAGGAUUAUGUUACACAGUAG